GCUUAGUAUGACCUUCCGUAUGGAAUUUUUUAGCACCUAACGGACCAACCAACCAGAAAUGGCAGUUCUGCGUGGAUGGAGAUUUGUUGGCUUCGUUUCCUGCAUCGUGGGUGCCGUAGGUCUGACGCUAUAUCCUGUAAUUGUGGACCCCAUGCUCAAUACGGAGAAAUACAAGACCCUGCAAGAAUACAGCAAAAUCAAACGAGAUGAACUGCAGCACAUUAAGGCGAAGUAAAGAACCCCAAAUAGAAUACGUUAAUUGAACCCCUCAAAACCCAAAUUAGUGUAUGUUUUGUUUACACGAUUUGGCCUUACAAUGUACAUAACUUAAGAUCUGUAAAAAUAUAUUGAAUCCAGGCUGUGUCUGACCUUUAACAGCAUGAACUAAGCAGAAGA